AUGUCUACAAAUAUAAGACAACCGAAAUAUUUUACAUCUGAACAAGUUGCAGAAGUUCUUACAUGGAGUUUAGUCAAUUCUGCUGUCGAAGAGGCUUUAAUAGCUACUGGAACAACCCAAGCAAAUGCCAAGGAGUCGUAUGCCAUUCAGCCAGCACGUUCUGUAACGCCUUGUGGCGAUUAUUCCCAGAGACUGCUGGUCAUGCCGGGCUAUGUUGGAAACUAUCAAUUAAGUGAGAAUGGUGAUCGCAUCAAUACUCUCGCCUGUAAAGUGGUCACCUCAUUUGCCUGCAAUCAAAACCUGCAGCCGCCUCUACCAAACAUUUUAGCUAAUAUACUUCUCUUCUGUCCGCAAACUGGUCAACUUCAGUGCAUUAUGGAUGGUACACAAAUAACGGCGUGGCGUACAGCUUCCGCAUCAAUAGUUGCCACGAAAUACUUGUUCUUGAAACGUUUUCCGCAAGGAAUCGAAAAGCCCAUUAAAGUAGCCAUAAUUGGUUGUGGCGUGCAGGGCCAGUCACAUGCAUUGGGAAUGUGCAAGACAUUCAAUGUUAUCGACAUCUCUUUAUGGAAUCGUACAAAAUCGAAAGCCGAUAAUCUUGCCAACAAAUUACGAGCAGAAUUUCCAAAUGGGCUGAAUGUUCAAGUAAGCGAUAGACCCCAAGAUGCGGUCGAAGAUGCCGACGUAAUUUGCAUUGGGACCUACGCACCAAACGCUUUAAUCAGCUAUGUAAUGUUAAAAGGCGGUGAUGUACACAUAAAUUCUGUUGGCGGCGGACAAGUCCAUUUCCGUGAAGUUAGUCAGGACAUUUACGACUAUGCUGUGGUCUAUGUCGAUUCUUUGGUCAGUGUCAAAAACCAAUUGCAAGUUUUAAAAGCUACCAUUCACGGCGAGUUGGGAGCAGUUAUUCGCAAUAGAGGCGAAUUAAGGCGAGAUGGCCGUAUAACAAUAUUUCAAUCUUUGGGUAUAGCCGCCGAAGAUGCUACUGUAGCCCAAGCAGUGUACGAUACUCUGACAAAUGCAAAUAUAAAAACAAUUCAUGGAUCUAAAUAA